AUGGCCGCCAUCCGCAAUGCCUUGCGUGCACCACUGGAUGUGUGCUGCCGGGAUGUCCAAGUGUGGAUGAUCCUCACUGGCAUCAUCAGCUAUCUGUCAUAUGAGACCGCCUCCAACAUCCGGCUGGUGUGCCGCACGUUCGAGCGCGCCAUCCGGCACCGGCUGAACCAGGGCUUCUCGCGCGCCGAGCGGUAUGUGCAACAGGCGCUGAAGCUGUUCCGCGCCCAGCUGCCGCGCCGCGAGUCGGAGCGGCGCGAGCACCCGCUCUCGCGGCGCGUGGAGCACCUGGCCGCCGUCGAGACGCGCCUCGGCUUGCUCAGCAUGACCUACCGCCGCUACAUGGAGAUGGACGCGUGCUGCUUCAUUCCGGGCAAGGUGCUGGACGAAGUGUUCCGGGUGGUGCGCUACCUGAAGGAGGCGCCCUCGGUGGAGCGCUCGUCCUUCACCGUGCUGCAGGAGCUGCGCGACAUCUCCUCCAUGGCCAUGGAGCACUUCGAGGAACACAUCGUGCCCGGCCUGAAGCGGAACGAGGCCCGGCGCGGCCGCUCUCGCUGCUCGCUGUCUGCUCGCGGUUCUCCGGCGGUGCCAGCAGCGCCGCGCGCCGCCAUCGAGGCUCGCAACAAGAGCAUCAACGUGGUGGAGCACUCUGUGGCCAAGCUCAGCCAGCAGGUGCGUGCUGUGAUCUGGGCGGAAGGGGGAGGGGACCACUGGAUGACGUGUGCGCGUGUCUUCAUCGCCACCAACGAGAGUUGCACCGACUUCUACAUGUGCUCCCACGGCGUGCCGUACAAGCUCGCCUGUCCGGGAGAGCUGUACUUCAACGUCGUCACCGGCCAGUGCGACUACAAACAAACGCAAACUGCACGGUGCCGUCAGCACCAACGCGGUCGCCGGACUCGACGACCUCAAAGCCCGUUCCCACUGGGCUUCAGCGACUUGUGCUCGCUGAGUUCAUUGGUACUAAAUCUCAGUGGGAGCUAG